ACUCUAGACAGGAGGUUGGGUGACACCGUAGCUGUGUUCAGAUCGCUGUGGCUGGAACAAACCAGGAACUGGGACUAACAGAGGAGUUUUAAAGGAGCUAAAGACGCUAACAGAGGGUUUCCUGUUGUUUUAAGAAGAGUGUUGCCAUGGGUAAGACGACACAACACUGUCUGCUGCUUUUGCUGUUUCUGUCAGGGCUUGCUCGGUGUUCAGCUGCCUUGUUAUUUUGGACAGCCGUGAUGGAAAUAGGCUAUGUUAACAACAAUGAGACUGUGGAAAAAUAUUGUGAGUGUGGGGUGUUUGGUCGUAACUCUCCCGUGGAGAAAACCACAGGCAUUGUUACACUUCCCCAGGGAGACCCCAAAGGCUGCGGCCCGGAUCCUGUGUACAACCGUAAUUCCAGCUCACCGCGGUGGAUAGCCCUGGUGAAAAGGGGCAACUGUACCUUUAGUGAGAAGAUCAAUGCUGCCAAACGUCAAGGAGCAGCUGGUGUGGUGGUGUAUAAUGUGGAUGGCAGUGGCAACAGCACCACUCACAUGGCACACUCAGAUGCAGCUGGUAUUGUGGCUAUCAUGAUUGGCAACACUCAGGGCAUGGAGAUUGUCAAGUUGGUGAAGAAUGGGACAGAUGUGCAGAUGCUUAUUGAACCAGGCAGCCCUCAUGGACCCUGGAUGGACACCUACUGGCUUUACUUCCUGUCCAUCGCCUUCUUCAUUGUGACAGCAGCCUCAAUCGCCUACUUUGUGUUUAUCUCUGCAAAUCGUCUCUACAGCCUGAGCAUUCACAGGCGGUCUGAGAGGAGGCUGAAAACAGAGGCUAAGAGGGCAAUUAAGCGUCUACACGUACGCACACUGAAGAGAGAGGAUGAGGAAACUACUUCCGACUUCCAUAUGUGUGCCGUGUGUAUUGAAUCCUACAAGGCAGGCGAAGUGGUCACAGUGCUCACAUGUGACCACAUCUUCCAUAAAGCCUGCAUCGAGCCCUGGCUGCUGGAGAGGAGGACCUGCCCCAUGUGCAAGUGCGACAUCCUAAAAGCACUGGGAGUUGAGGAAGAGACAAAAGAGAGCAUUUCUGCCGAUUCACCACCAGAUGUCACUGUGAUCACAGUGGCAGGAGGAGACACCCUCUACGAAGUCCCACUGACCGACCCAGCGAGCCCUGACCCAGAGAGACAUCAGCAUCUCUAUGACAACAGGGCCUAUGAGGGAGACUCGCAGGCUGCCAGAGGAUGAACAACAGCAACAGAAGCAAAACAGCAACUAACCAGGACACAGUCAAAUCCCUGUUUGAAUUAAGAUCUUUUACUUGGAUACAUUGAACCAGCACAAUGGAAUCAAACUGUAAUCUUCCGACAGGAGAGACACUGUUCAUCUUUUAAUGCAAACACACUAGAAUACAUAAAAAAAAAUUUUAAAAAAAAGGACCUUGUGUAAUUAGUUUGGAUGCCAUCGCAUUUUCUUUGUGUCUAUCUUGGUGCAAGUAUGUAAUUAUUGGAAACUAUUGGGUGGGUUCAUGAAGUUACCUUUGGUUGGGUAGAAUAGAUUAAAAAAACAGAGCAGUCAUGGAGUGCUGCCAGUGUCAAGUUUCUGUUUUGCAUAGUGAGCACACUGGUUAGGGAGGAAGUGAGGCAAAUCAUUUGAAUAUCUGUUUGAAUUCAAGGGCAAUUUUUUCCUCCAACAAAAGGCUUGUUAGUUUGCAUCGCUCACAGUACCUCACGAUUAGCUAUUGUCAUUUAUUUGUCUUAAUUCAUUUAAAAAAAAAAUUGGACUAUGUUUUUCUAUUUUGAUCAUCAGGUUGUCUAACUGGAUUUACAAACACACCAUUAUGAACACACCCUUGAAGAAAAUGCAGCAUGACACACAUUGACUUCAUAACAUCACCUGAGGGGAUGGGACUCUUAAGAAACAUGGUUUAAGGGAACAUGUUACCACAUAGGAAUUUUCAAGUCCUUUAUAAUUUAUUGUCUAGGCUAUAGCUAUAUAAAUAGCUAUUUUUGAGAAACAGAAAAUCCCACAGAAUUAUAACAUUGCAAUAAAUGUCAUAGGAACUGUAGAUGAUAUGCCUCUAAAACUGUUAUCUUGACUAUUGGAUAGGUGAAAAUGAUGGGUUCUGGUUUUUUUUUAAAUGAUAUAUAUAUUGAGAUUGAUUCAUCAAUCAUAGAGUUCUUAUAUAUAUAUGUAUAUAUAAUACAUAAUACAUAAUAUACGUAAAGUUGAUUUUCAUUUACAAGUACCAAUUGAUAUUUUUGAACAGGUCUUUCAGAUUUUUCCUUUGAAUUAUUUCUGAAUGUUUAUUCAAUCCCUGUGCUCGACCUGCGAACUCACUUGAGUAAAUUAUGCAAACAUUUUUAAGAUUCUUUCAAUUCCAACAUUAAGUGUGUCCCUCAGUAAAUGAUAAAGCUAAAGAGCUUCCUUUGUUUGCUGGUGGGGAUAUACUGCUAAUGGUACUUAAUAUAUUUUUCUAUAUUCAAUCAUUUUCACAACUGUUUUACAGAUUCCAGGAGUCUUAAAUUAUUCUGAAAAAAUGAAUAUUACUUGCUGUAUUAAAUCACAUUGAUGCUUAUUAGAAUGCAAUAAAUCCCUCAAAAUGAGGCAAACUUUAUGAGCA